AGCGCAGAUCCCCCCGUAGAGUGACUGACUGAGAUGGACGCCGUGGUGCCCUCCGCCAAGCCGACGACGGCGCCGACGCUGUUCCGCCGCAACCGCAUCCGCGUCAAGGAGCUGCUGGGCAGCGGCCUGGAGCUCGAGGGCCAGAUGGUGACCGUCAAGGGCUGGGCCAAGACCCUGCGCGAGGCCGGCGCCGGCGCCUUCGCCUUCCUGGAGCUCAACGACGGCUCGUGCUUCGCCGGCGUGCAGUGUGUGAUCAACAAGGAGGAGACCGAGGGCUUCGCCGACGCCAUCGCCUCGGGCGGCGUGGGCGCCAGCUUCAGCGUGGAGGGCGUCGUGGUCAAGUCGCCCGCCAAGGGCCAGGAGGUCGAGGUCAAGGCCGCCAAGGUCAAGGUCUACGGCGGCAUCCCCGACAGCGCCACGUACCCCAUGAGCAAGAAGCGCCACACGCUCGAGCACCUGCGCGCGCACGCGCACCUGCGCCCGCGCUCCAACAUCCACGGCGCCGCCAUGCGCGUGCGCAACGCCAUGGCCUUCGCCACGCACGAGUUCUUCAACCAGCGCGGCUUCCUGUACAUCCACACGCCCAUCAUCACCGAGUCGGACUGCGAGGGCGCCGGCGAGAUGUUCAGCGUCACCACGCUGCUGAGCCAGCACCCGGACGGCAAGCUGCCGCUCACGAAGGACAACAAGGUCGACUACCAGAAGGACUUCUUCGACCGCCCGUCCUACCUCAGCGUCUCGGGCCAGCUCAACGUCGAGACCCACUGCUGCGCCCUCUCGGACGUGUACACGUUCGGCCCCACGUUCCGCGCCGAGAACUCCAACACGUCGCGCCACCUGGCCGAGUUCUGGAUGAUCGAGCCGGAGAUCGCCUUCGCCGACCUCAAGGACGACAUCGACCUGGCCGAGGACUACCUCAAGUUCUGCGUGCAGUACGCGCUGGACCACUGCACCGAGGACCUCGAGUUCUUCAACAAGAACGUGGAAAAGGGCCUGCUCGAGCGUCUGGCCGCCACCGUGGAGUCGCCGUUCGUGCGCAUCUCGUACACGGACGCCGUGGAGCUGCUGCUCAAGCCGGAGCACCUGAAGAAGGGAAAGUUCUCGGUCAAGCCCGUCUGGGGCACGGACUUCGGCUCGGAGCACGAGCGCUACCUGACCGAGACGGUCUACAAGAAGCCGGUGGUGAUCUACGACUACCCGAAGGAGUUCAAGAGCUUCUACAUGCGCCUGAACGACGACGGCAAGACGGUGGCUGCCGCCGACGUGCUGGUGCCCAACGUCGGUGAGAUCAUCGGCGGAUCGGCGCGUGAGGAGCGUCUGGACGUGCUGGAGGCUCGCAUCAGGGAGUCUGGCGCCAACCCGGAGGACUACAAGUGGUACCUGGACCUGCGCAAGUACGGCUCGGUGCCGCACGCCGGUUUCGGUCUCGGCUUCGAGCGUCUCAUUCGUUACGUGACUGGCAUUGAGAACAUCCGUGACGUGAUUCCGUUCCCGCGGUGGCCCGGCAACGCCGCCUUCUAAGCAGUCGCUGGGAGGUAGGCGCUUGACGUUCCUUCGCGGACUAGAGGCGAGUUCGUUGCUCGAGACGGUGCUUAUGAUGGCGCAAGCCUAGUCACAGUUGCUGGCAGUGUAAGGCCCCUCCAUCCCUGUCCCGAGUAAACAAAUCUAAACAUUUGCAAGAUACGUUCACGUGUUUUGAUGUUCAUCAAGAUGAUAAGAGAUUGGUACUGCCAAGUCGCCCUACGGGUGGCGGAAGAGCGUGAUGCACUUCUUGCCGACGUUGAAUCGCACGAAGUUCUUGCUCUCGUAGGUGAAGGCCGUCUUGUACUCGGAGCCGACGAUGCAGUGCCACGUGGGGCCGUACUUCUCCUCCAUCCACGUCUUGAUGUGCUUGGCGAUCUCCUUCUCCUGCGUGAACUGCUCCAGCGCCACGCUCGCCUGCGCCAGCGCAUCGUUCUUCAUGUCCCCGUGCUCGUCCACUGGGCAGCACAGCAGCCACACUCAGUCAGCCAAAACCACCAGCAUCAUCCAUCCAUCCUUUUGAUCUCAAUGCCGCCACCUUACUGUCCGUCUCCAUCUGCUUGCCAUUCUCGCGCGUCAUGCUUGCCUUCGUUCGCCCUUCAAGUCGCAAGUGACAGCGAGGGUAUCCAUCGUGUGCGUGCGUCCCUUCAAGACCGACUUCGCCUUAUCUCGGCUAAUUCCGAACGAAGCUAUUUACGUGCGCCACACCACAUAACUCGCCAUUAUUGAGUGCGACAUCGAGAAGAGCGCGAAAUUGACCGAGAGAGCAGCGAGGGCGAAGCCGCCGCCUCCAGAGACGCCGCAGCCAUGACGCACGACCUGUCGUCGCGCAUCGAGUACUCGGAGAAGUACGUGGACGACACCCACGAGUACAGGUGCGUCGCUCGCCCGCUUCCGCCGCGGGAAUUGGCCCAGAAUCGGCCUCGCAACGCGUGAAUGCGCAUCGAUGGCUAACAAUAUUCAAAUUAUUCGCUGCAAUUUGUUGCAAUUUCUGCUGCAAUUCAGACACGUGAUCCUGCCCAAGGAGAUGCAGCGCAGCCUGCCGGACCGCCUGCUGACCGAGACGGAGUGGCGCCAACUCGGCGUCCAGCAGAGCCGCGGCUGGGUGCACUACGCCAUUCACAAGUACGUUCACGCAGCGAGAUGCUCCGUCCGCGCUAGCUGCUUCGUGGGCUGAGACCAGUCAGACUGUGGGUCUGCUUGGUCAUAUCUGAAGCAGCGUUGAUUGACCCCGUCUAUUGUUUUGUGUUGCUGCUGCUGCGUUGCAGGCCGGAGCCGCACAUUUUAUUAUUCCGACGCCCGCUGGGCACGGACCCCACAACGGGCCGCGUGAACCCGGACAUGGAGAAACAGGCCAAGGAGAAGUACGCCCAGGAGUUCAAUUAACGGGACUGCUGCGGCAGUGGCGAUACUUGUAGUGGGUGAGUCAGGCAGGGAUUUCGGUGGGCAGCACCGGGAAACGCAGUGAAGGAGGAGCACGAUGCUGACCACGCGCGGUUUAACGUCGGGAGUGCGUGCACACUGAUCGAACUGCCCUGAGCAGAAUGAAGAGACCCACGUUGGUUUGAGAGAACUGUUGCUUGCUGCUGCUGUUGUUGUUGUUGUUGCACUUUGGUGUGCUGUAGUGCAGCGGAGACCUUGCCUUUCGUGCUUUGGAGCGCGGGAGCAAAUCGUCGUCGUAUCACGUGCUUGGACGCUCAAGCGAGUCGCUUGCUCGCGUUGAAGUUCGGCGGAGGUGCCUUGCGCGUCAGCGGGGUUUAACGUCUGGAACUCGAGCCUUGGAUUGGCCGGCAUCCAACUGGAACUUUGUAUGUCGCUUAGACAUGUUGCUUAUUUCAGUUCUUCCGGUGCGUAAGCUCGCUGUCGUCGAAGCAGCCAUCUACUGCUUCAACUUAGAUCGCUAGGGCGCAGGGUCGACGCAGUGCUGUCACGUCCCUGGACUAGAACUGAAACUUCCUUGAAGUUGUCUCGCGCGCCAGCCUGGAGCUCGCAGCAGUUGGCGCCGCAGUUGGUCGGCCAAGGUGGCUACUGCGCGCCUAGCGCCCACGAGAAAAUAUUCGCGGCGGCGGCGCCAUGCUGCUCGUCUUUCACGUCGAAACGGACGAGAAACUGCCGCUUCAGGAUCCGCGCCAGCUAUUCGGAGCACUGCCUGUGCCGACUGUCGCAAUGCUGGCAGGCGAGUUAGUCCAUCACCCCCGGGCUAGUAGCAAUCCAACUCGGUGACGAAUUCCGCCGCGCUCUUCGGUCUUCAAUGUCCAUCCUAAUACAUCUCGCCCAAUAUCCAUCCAUCCGGCCCGAUUUGUAAGCUGUGGAGCUUUCAGCCUUGAAGCGCAACACCACCACCGCCGAAAAAGCGCUUGCGAAUCUUACACGGGCGCACAACCAGCACGUCAACAGGUGCCUCGCAAGCAACGUGUUCGCCGUGAAAAGCGUCGUUGAAGUGCGCAGCCGGGACAUGGAUCUGCACAACCUUCCAGAGUUAAUGCCAGCCCUGAUUCAGGUUGUAUCAUAUUGUACCUUCCAAAGUUGGUCUGAUUGAACCCCGACCCCCUCCGCGCCGAUGACUUGCGCUCAGUAUGCCCCCCCCCCCCGAGUCUAGUCUAGGACGAGCAAGCAAAGCCCCGACGCCGGCGUCAUGCUCGACUCGUCCUCCGCCACCUCAGUCGCGGCCUCGAGCCGGCCAUUCUCCUUUUGCCACGCUGCCGCGCACCGCCCCGUUCUACCUCGCCCACCACCUCUGGACACCCGCCGCCCGGGACAAUGCAGACGCCCAAGACGCCGCUCGUGAACAUGCAGACGCAGAACAAGGACCAGCUGCUGGCCACCAGCGCGCUCAAGGACGCCAUGGGCGCCGACCUCAAGAAGCGGCCCGUGCCCGUGUACGUCAAGAUGAUGGCCGGCAUGGCCGGUGGCGUGGCCGAGGCCUGCAUCCUGCAGCCGCUGGACGUGACCAAGACGCGCCUGCAGCUGGACCGCACGGGCCAGUACAAGGGCAUGGUCAACUGCGGCACGACCAUCUACAAGCAGGAGGGCGGCCUCGCGCUCUACAAGGGGCUCACGCCCUUCGUGACCAACAUGGUGCUCAAGUACGCGCUGCGCUUCGGCUCCUUCGCGUGGUUCAAGGAGCAGAUCGCCGGCGGCAAGGACAAGCCGAUCACCCCCACGAUCAACUUCACGGCCGGUCUGCUCGCCGGCUGCAUCGAGUCGGUCAUCAUCGUGACGCCGUUCGAGGUCAUCAAGACCCGCAUGCAAAAGGAGGUGGGCGUCGGCCGCUUCAGCGGCCCCAUCGACUGCACGCGCCACAUCGUGCGCAACGAGGGCGUGCGCGCGCUCUGGAAGGGCAACAUCCCCACCAUGGCGCGCCAGGGCA